GGGCUUGCCCCUUGUUCCCGAGGACGGAGCGAAGCCCGUUAGUGGCGGCGCGGGCACCGCCACCCGCGCCGCGGGGCUGCCCGUCCUGCUGGCGACGUGCCAGCGUGGGCCUCCCCCCGUCCUCGGGGCUGGGGGCCCUGUCCCCGGCGGCCUUAGGCCGCGAGGCCGUUGUUGGGAGUGCCGGGCCUCGGGGGGGCGGCCCCCUAAGUGGGGCUUUGUGCGUCCCCCCUGCUCGGCGGGCGGUUGGAGGGACCCCCUGUAAUCAGGCGGGUGUCCCGCGGGGUCCCCCGGCCUCUCACAGGCGUGGGGCUGGGCGUGUGCCCUCCCUGCCCUCGGGGCCCAGCUCAGGGCCUUAGGCCACGAGCCCCAGCGCCUGGCCCUUGAGCCAGGUACUUGAUGCUGCGGGGGAAGGCCGAGCUCCGUGGCUCCCUGGGUGUGGACCCGCCUGUAAGCAGGGUCCGGGUCUGGGAGCCUGUGCGCUCCCUCAGCUGGCAGCCUGUGCGGGGCGACCGCCCCGUUAGCGGGGAGCGGGUCAGGUGCCCCCCGAAGCGGAGAGAAGGAGCCUCCGCAGGCCUUUGGGCCCAGGGCCCCCCUGUAAGUCGGGGCCAGUGCCCUGGUGUCCCAGGCGCUUUGUGGUCCAGGCAGCAGCCGGAGCCCCCUGUAAGCAGGGCGGCAGGCUCUUUGGCCGCUGCUUCGCAUGCCCAGCUGCCUUUGCCCAGAGGGCCCGGCUCUCCGCAGCGGCUGGGACUGCGCCGUGCGUCGCCGUGAAGCCGUCGGAGAAGAGAGCGGAAGAGGCGUCGCGAGGGAGGGACGGCAGCGCCGACGCGGGAAGACGCCGCGUCAGCUUCUCACCAUUCAUUCUGGGAUGUGAUGAUAAAAGAAGGAAAUGAGAAAUGGAAAUUCCGGCACUGAAAGGCAAGCUCAGAGCAGACUGAGAGGGAACUAUCUCUACAUCCUGACUAUUGAAGGCUAUGCAGCACUACCGACAGCAGUCAAUAUAACUUGGUCUUCAAUCAAUUUUAAAACUAUACUACAGUGGCAGCCAAAACCAUCAGGUUACUUCUAUACUGUAGAAAUACACGGACAGACAUCUGACAUUAAAAAAAAAUGCAUACGGACAACAGAAACAGAGUGUGAUGUUACUGAUGCGCUCAAGGAUGUAAAAGAGACCUACGUAGCCCACAUACUGUCUGUAAUGCCCGCGGGGAUGGAUAACUUUGAAGAACCACCUUAUGCACUUUCUGAAAAAUUUACCCCUUAUAGUCAGACUGUUAUCGGAAAACCAGAGAUAAAGAACUAUACACAAAAAGGUUCGGAACUGAAUGUUGUGAUCCAAGAUCCACUUACACCAUAUACGUUUCCUAAUGGAAGCUUUCAAAGUAUUAGAGAUAUUUUCCAGCAUGACCUGGAAUACAAACUCUACUACUGGAAAGAUCAAAGUUCUGGAAAGAAAGAUACAACAACAAAAAGCCAUACAUUUGAAGUAAGCGUUGAGAGCACAAAGAACUAUUGCUUCUAUGUCCAGGGAUUCGUUCCGUCCCGCAGAGAAGACCGUAACGGUCAAACCAGUGUGAUGCACUGCACCACUGCAGAAAGGGGCGUCUUCGACGAAUAUGGAGCAGAAGUCUUUAUCAUCAUAGCAGUGAUUGCAAUUGCAGUCAUCACUCUUGCCAUUGUCCUACCAGUGAUUCUGUGUAAACGCAAGAAAGUAAGAACUGCAAGAGAAAAGCAACCACUUAAUGGUGUCUAAGGAAAAAGUAUUGUGGACACUAAUGGCAGCACCAAGGCAAAAAAACCACCACAACAAAAAGCCAUAAAUUGGAUAAUUGGGUGGAACUUUUUAGGCUCUCUGAAACAGGAAUUUUGAAGCCCAAAUUUUAGUGGCUGGAGGCUGGAGGAGCAUUCUGGUGAUCUGAUACAAUCAUAGAAUUGUAGAAUAUGCUGAGUUGGAAGUGACCCACAAGGAUCAUCAAGUUCAGCUCCUGGCCUUGUGUAGGAUACCCCAAGGCACACACAGUGUGCCUGAGAACGUUGUCCAAACACUUCUUCAACUCAGACAGGCUUAGUGCUGUGACCACUUCCUUUGGGAGCCUGUUCCAGUGCCCAACCACCCUCUGUGUGAAAAACCACCUCCUAAUAUCCAACCUAAACCUCCCCUGACUUGGCUUCAUGCCAUUUUCUCGAGUUCUGCCACUGGAAACGAGAGUGAAGAGUCAAUGUCUGCCCUCUGCUUCCCCUCAUGAGGAUGCUGAAGAUGGCAAAGAGGCCUCCCCUCUGUUUCUUCUUAUCCAGGCUGAGCAGACCUCAGCUGCUCCUCAUAUGGCUUCCCCUCAAGACCCUUCACCAUCGCCCUCCUUUGGAUGCUCUCUAACACC